AUGCCUAAUCCCCCCUCCCCGCUUUCUUCGGGGAAGAAGAGACCACAUCCCAGCGACACUUCACCACAACCCGAUCCGGUGCAUCCAUCGCGCGACACUCCACACCCCGCGACAGCUGUGCCCUCCGGCUCACCCGCUCGUUCCUCCGUGACCGCUUCCUCCACCGCGUCCUCCUCGUUCCGCAAUGUCUCCGCAUGUAAUCGUUGCCGGCUGCGCAAGAACCGCUGUGACCAGCGCCUCCCGCGCUGCCAGUCCUGUGAAAAGGCCGGCGUGCGCUGUGUCGGAUACGAUCCCAUUACGAAGCGGGAGAUUCCCCGCAGCUACGUCUAUUUCCUGGAAACGCGGGUCGCACACCUCGAGAAGCAGCUGGCGAAUAACAAUAUCGAAUUCAAAAAGGCCGUGGCCUUUGAUGAGGAAGAGGCUAUCAAAGUUGAGGCAGAGGGCGACCCCGCGCACGCCCAGUCCAGCUCCGACGGUCAUGUCCGAGAGGUAGCGGUGGCGGAAAAGGCACCGUGGAAGAACACCAACCAGGAACCCGGCCAGCCCGAUCGGAGAGAAGGAGACGGCAAUGGCGAGACCGAUGGCGGUUCGGCCAACGAGGAGAAUUGGCGUCUGCACAAUCUGGUGUCGAAUAUUGGUAUGGUCUCUGUGCAGGGGACUUCCGAUCCGCGCUAUCUCGGCUCGACCUCAGGCAUCUCCUUUGCUCGCGUUGUAUUCGCCGCGGUCAGGAGUUCACUUCCCGGCAACAUGCCGGAGCGUGCUUCGAUCAGACCCGGCGAUCGUCUGCCGCAGAGUGCGGCUGGGACCACCGGGGGCAGUAUGCGCGAUUCCUUCUUUGGGCUGCAAACAAGGCCGAUGAUGAAGAGGGCCGGUUUCCCGGAUCGAGAGCUCGCUGAGCGACUGGUCGAUCUCUAUUUCGAACAUGCGAAUCCGCAGAUGCCCAUCCUCCACCGGGGCGAUUUCAUGGAAUUGUUGGACCGCACCUACUCGCUGGAAGAGAAGAACCGGUCGCCCCGCGCGCUCUAUGUACUUAAUAUUGUGUGCGCCAUUGGCGCUGGAAUUAUCUUUGAUGAUAAGCCUCAGAGCUCAGAUGAGGAGAACAGAGGCACUCGUGACCAGGCUUCGUCGGGGAAAAGACCGAGACUCUCCAGUCAUCAGUAUCAACCGGAAGAAUACCACGCUUCGGCGAUUGUUCAUUUGGAAUCGUUCCUUGGAUCUUCCUCCAGUGAAGGCUUUGGGGGCUUGGAAGAGCUGCAGGCAGUGCUCCUCCUAGCCAGUUUCGCUUUACUACGACCCGUUGCGCCCGGUCUUUGGUAUAUUGUUGGUGUCGCCAUGCGACUAGCAGUUGAUCUUGGACUCCAUUACGAAGACGGAGUUGGGAUUGACUCCGCCGCAAAGGACGGCAACCAGGCACAAUCACGGAUCGACCCUCGCGAACGCGGACGUCGCGAAUGGGUGCGAGAUUUGCGCCGUCGUCUGUGGUGGUGUGUCUACAGCUUUGAUCGCCUGGUUGCUACCUGUGUCGGACGACCUUUCGGUAUCAGUGACCAGGCCAUCAGUACUGAGUUCCCGUCCAUGAUGGACGAUAAGUACAUAACCAAGUCUGGUCUGCUCACGCCACCGGACGCAACACCAACGUAUAAGCAUGUCGCUAUGCACUACUUCAAACUCCGUCUCCUGCAAUCGGAGAUCCACGAUGUCCUACAAUACCAGCAAGUUCGCGCCGUGCGGAGAAGGGGCUCCAACGGAGCAAUCAUGCCCCAUGCCGAGCUUUCGUCCUCUUUCCUUCAUGGCUUUGAUUCCUUCCGAUCAUGGCGCCAUGAUGUUCAUCGUCGAUUGGUCGAGUGGCAGGAAACUGCCCCGACACGCACCGAAACAGGCGUGCGAUUCUCUAUUGAACUGCUUGAACUAAAUUACUGGCAGGCUAUCAUCCUAUUAUAUCAGCAGAGCUUGACGGUUCCCGCUGAACUGGCUGGGGAGCUUACCCCAGCAGACGACGUCUCCAGUCCAUCUUUCUCGAACCCCGACGAAGGGGACGGGGAGGACCAUGUCUAUCUGAACGUUGCCGAAGCUGGUCAGAAGGUUAUUCGAAUCUAUCGUCAACUGCAUAGAGUGCGCUUGGUGAACUAUACCUAUCUCGCUACGCACCAUAUAUUCAUGGCCGGAAUCUCAUUCUUAUAUGCCAUCUGGCAUUCACCUCUGGUUCGAAGUCGCCUGACCCUCGACGAGGUGGACUUCACUGUCCUUGCAGCCACUUCCGUGCUGGGUGAUUUGAUGCACAAAUGCCCACCAGCCGAAGCUUGCCGCGACGCAUUUGAGCGCAUGAGCAAAGCCACCGUUCAAAUGUGUCUAUCGACCACCGGCUUUGGUUCCCAAGUUGACAUGAGUCGCAUCCACGCGACAUCGCGGGCAUACAACCACUUCGACCCGAGCCGUACACGACACGCAGCAAACCACCAGGGCCAUCCAGGACAAGGCCAAGCCAGACAAGCAGCUCAAACUCGCUCAUCUCGCCCAGUUCCUAGGUUCGAUAUGAACUUGGGCGAUCUAUUCACAGACAACGCCCCUAUGAACGACCAUUCCCGAGAAGGUCGACCCAGAGGGCCAUCCUACCCACAACCGGAAUCGAUGGCUCACAAUUACCCCCCUGAUCAACGACCAUAUGGACAGCACAAUCCGUCCAUGGAGUACUACCCUAAAUACGACCCUCGAGGCUCUCCUCAGCCCCCGCAAUUCUACUAUUCCAACUCACCACAACGCAGUGGCUCUCCAGGCAGUCAUCCGCAUGGCUUGCCCUCUACAGACCCAGAAGCCCAUCCUAUUAGUUUGGACUUCUUAGAUUUUGGCUCCGGGGACGCAGAAAGCCAGGGCCAUCUGGAGGGCGAUGCAAAUCCUGACUAUAACAUGGUGCCUGCGCCGUUGGGCCCUAACUUGGGCCAAAACGUGGGGAUCGAUCUUGGAUUUGGCAUGGCCAUGGACUUCCAGCAUGACUGGAGCGAAAACCCCAAUUAUGAUCUCUUGGAGGGUUAUUUCUUUGGGGGCUCUGGAGCUGGGGGUUCUGGUGCGGAUCCCUAG